CCGUCCCCGGGGCGCUCGGCGGGCGCGCUCGCCGCCCGCGCCCCGCGCCGCCGCCGCCACCACCAUGGCCCAGGCGGACGGGGAGGCGCGGCCCGGGCCCGGGCCCGCCGUGCAGAUCCGCGUCGCCAUCCAGGAGGCCGAGGACGCGGGCGAGCCGGAGGACGGCGGGGACGGCGCGGCGGCGCGGGGCGCGGGGGGCCCGGCGCGCUACCUGAGCCCCGGCUGGGGCAGCGCCAGCGAGGACGAGCCGAGCCGCGGGCCCAGCAGUGCCCCGACCAGCGGGGGCGAGAAUGAGCGAGACGAGCUGGAGCAGGAGUGGAAGCCCCCGGACCAGGAGCUGAUCAGGAAGCUAGUGGAGCAGAUCGAGUUCUAUUUCUCCGACGAAAACCUGGAGAAGGAUGCCUUCCUGCUCAAGCACGUGCGGAGGAACAAGCUGGGCUACGUGAGCGUCAAGCUUCUCACAUCCUUCAAGAAGGUGAAGCACCUCACGCGGGACUGGAGAACCACCGCACACGCCCUGAAGUACUCGGUGAUCCUGGAGCUGAACGAGGAUGAGCGGAAGGUGAGAAGGACCACCCCCGUCCCGCUCUUCCCCAAUGAGAACCUCCCCAGCAAGAUGCUCCUGCUCUACGACCUCUACCUGUCCCCCACGCUCUGGGCCCUGGCUGCGCCCCAGAACGGCAGGCUGCAGGAGAAGGUGAUGGAGCACCUCCUCAAGCUCUUUGGGGCCUUCGGGGUGAUCUCGUCUGUGCGCAUCCUCCGGCCCGGGAGGGAGCUGCCCCCGGACAUCCGGCGGAUCAGCAGCCGCUACAGCCAGGUGGGGACCCAGGACUGCGCCAUCGUGGAGUUUGAGGAGGUGGAGGCGGCCAUCAGGGCCCACGAGUUCAUGAUCACGGAGUCGCAGGGCAAGGAGACCAUGAAAGCUGUCCUGAUCGGGAUGAAGCCGCCCAAGAAGAAGCCUGCCAAGGACCGGAACCAGGACGAGGAGCCCGCCGUGAGUGUCCACCUCAACAAGUCCCCAAACAAGAGGGUCGAGGAGCUGCAGUACCUGGGUGAUGAGUCCUCGGCCAACAGCUCCUCUGACCCCGAGAGCGACCCCACAUCCCCCAUGACCGGCCGGCGGCACCCGCUCAGCAACAAGCUCGUCCCCGCCGGCCCCCAGAAUCUCUUCUUAAGUCCCAGUGCCUCCCCCUGCUCCAGCCCCUGGAGCAGCCCCUUGGCCCAGCGCAAAGGGGUCCCCAGGAAGUCCCCCCUGGCCGAGGAGGCCAGGCCGAACUGCAGCACCAGCCCCGAGGCCCCGCGCAAGGGCACGGACUACUCCUCCGACAGCAGUGUCACGCCCUCGGGCAGCCCCUGGGUGCGAAGGCGCCGCCAGGCCGAGCUGGGGACACAGGAGAAGAGUCCCGGAGCCAGCCCCCUGCUCUCCCGGAGGGUGCAGACUGCUGACGGGCUGCCCGUGGGUGUGCUGCGGUGGCCCCGGGGCCCCGACGACACCCGGGGUUUCCACAGGGGGCACGAGAGGAGCCGGGCUUGUGUGUAAAUACCGUCUGGUUUUCAUGAGCAGGGUCCUUGGUAUUCAAGGGCACGCACAAACACCUGGCAUGACCUAGCUGACUCUAAGCACCGCCGCCCCUCCCCUCCGGAAGCUUUUGUAUCCUGCAGUCCUCUUAAUUUAUACCCUGGUCAGUCGUGUGAGCUGUGCAGUACCCUGUGGCGCUCAGACCGUGCCUCAUUCAGAGCCCCUUGUCCUCCCUGCAUGACUGUCCCUGCGCUGAGGGUGCUGUGGGCUCUGCCGGGUGUGGGGCGGGUCUGACAGUUGACCUCUCUUCAGAGUGGGGUUCUUCCCGGGGGCCCAGCUGGGCCGUGCUGGGUCGUCGUGGGAGCCAGAAGAGUUGUGUGGUGCAUGGGCAACUGAGUCAGCUAGCCGCAUGGCGUCCUCCGAGACCAAAUCUAUGGGUCCCGUCACGUGAAUAAAUAAUAAAACACCCAACCAGGAGUGCUGGCGCUAAUGUCCUAGUGCUUGACCAAAGUCUGUGUCCAACUCACCAAACUCAUAGGGCCAAGGGAAGUGUGCCACAAGACCCCGAGUUAUUUAACAGAGACACAUUUCCUUUUUUCUUGUUCUUUUCUUUCUUUCCUUACUUCCUUCUUUCUCCCUCUUCUUUCUUUCCUUACUUCCUUCUUUCUCCCUCUUCUUUCUUUCCUUACUUCCUUCUUUCUCCCUCUUUUCUUUCUUUCUUUCUUUCUUUCUCUCUUUCUUUCUUUCUUUCUUUCU